GACAGGUCACAGAGAUAUAUGGGCCGCCGGGAGUGGGAAAGACAACAUUUGCGUACGUAGACAUUUUCAAUUUGUCAACAUUUUCAGCAUUCGGAUCUGAAUAUAUAUAUGUAUUACAUGAGAUGCACCUGGCUGACUGAUCACCAAUAGUACGCAAGUAGCUACGGAUGCCCUUCGUUCAGGAGACCGUGUCAGUUGGAUAGGUUAGUGUAUGGUACGAUGACCAGAGCGAUUUGGUCUACACGGGCUUGCCGCCAGAUCGCGAGACGAAAUCGUAAAUCUUACGUUCUUCUGCAGAUACUUCAUCGAAAUUGCACGGGCCGCGGUUCAGACAGAUCCUUUCAAGACAUGUCCCAGCAUCAGAACAUCUACCCUCCGCACUAUACGGCUCGGAAAUGGAUAAUAUGCUGGAACGAUUCGAGUACUGGAAAGCGCCGAGGCUCGCUCACUUGUUUGCCUUGCUCAUGCACCCGACCGGCUCAUUUCCAUCUGAAGGCUCAGGGUUGAUUGUAAUCGACUGUGUGUCAACGCUCUUUGAUAUCUCAUUCCCUCGAUCAGGCAAUGAACGGGUGCCGACAAACAAGGAUGGAACUCCGAAACCGAAAAAGGAGGUUGAAGCGCGACAAUGGGCUUCUGGGCGCCGUUUUGCAGUCAUGGGCGAUUUGAUCUCUAGAUUGUCUAAAUUAGCUGCACUCCGAAAUGUUGCCGUCUUGCUUGUCAAUCAGACAACAACUAGACUGAGGUUUGAAGGCAGUGCCAGGCUCGUUUCAAUGCUCGGAGGCAAUAAUUGGGAUGUCGGUAUCUGGAGCCGUAUUGUCUUGAUUCGCGACUGGGGUACAAUCCAAAGUGAAGAUGGAGAUGGCCAUCGUAUGCAGGGCAUCCGAUAUGCUGGUGUCCAAAAAAUAGCGCGGACAGUGCCUCGCGACGAGGUCUUUGCGCUCAAGGCCGUCCCAUUUGUGAUUAAGCAGGACGGCAUCCACGAAAUCGAGACGAAUCUUGCUCUACCUGACACGGCGCCCCCAGAUAUCCCAAGUGGGUCACAAAAAAGAAAGCACGAUGAGAUUGCUGAUAGCCAGUCCGAAGAUGGAGACAUGGGCUCUGACGAGGACUACGGAUGGGUCGAUGAAGAUGAGAUAAUUACAGAAAACGAAGCCGCCAAUGCACAUGCAGCAGAAGCAAUGGAGCGUGGUCCAAUCACCCAGGAAACAUGAUCAAGAGUAC